UCCUUUGGCUGUUUGUUGUUUUGACUUUCACUGUCUCGCUUGAGACCGCAGAAGUCUCACACUCAGUUGUCAAAAACUCAUUUGUUAUCUGUAUUAUUUCACAGUCACCGUUGGUUUUUUCUGGGCAAUACGGGAGGCCCAACAAGUCUUCAGUAACUGGUUGUUUUGGAGACUUGUAGCCUUAUAAUGCUUGGGUAACCCAGAAACCCUGUGAAAUUCCGGGGAUUGGUGGUGGUGAAGGUGGUGGCUUUAAUGGCUUUGAAGAAGUGAGGGAAGAAUAUUGUUUUCUAGUAUGGACCAAGAAGCAGUUAUGAAAUAGUGAUUUGAGGGUUUUUGGGGGAGAGUUUUGUGGUGUUUGGGGGUUUGAGAUCUGUGUACUUUCUUUCGCUGAAUUUCUGUCCUUUAGAGUUUGUGGGUUUUCAAAUGGGGUUUGGUUUGUUUGCUUCCAUUGUGGUUCUUACACUGUUCUUCAAGCCCUUGGUUUCUCAGCAACCCAACACUGAUGGGUUCUUCCUCUCUGAGUUCUUCAAGCAAAUGGGGUUAAUCUCUUCUCAAGCUUACAACUUUUCUGCUCCUGUUUGUUCGUGGCAAGGAGUGUUCUGUGAUUCGACUAAUGAAUAUGUCUUUAAGUUGGUUGCUUCUGGUUUGGGACUCACUGGUUCUAUUCCUGAUACCACUAUUGGCAAGCUAAGCAAGCUGCAAUCUGUGGACCUUAGCAACAAUAAAAUCACUUCUCUGCCUUCGGAUUUGUGGAGUUUAGGUUCUCUCAAGAAUCUUAAUCUCUCCUUCAACAAGAUUUCUGGAGACCUUCCCAACAACGUUGGCAAUUUUGGUUUGCUUGAAACCAUUGAUCUGUCAAACAACAACUUCCAUGGGGAAAUCCCUCCAACUAUAAGCUCUCUCGUUGGUCUGCAUGUCCUUAAACUGGGUGAGAACAGGUUUGAGGGAAGCAUUCCAACAGAAAUUCUGAGUUGCCAAUCACUGGUUUCUAUCGAUCUCUCCUUGAAUCAGUUAAAUGGGUCUCUGCCACAUGGUUUUGGUGCUGCAUUCCCAGAGCUCAAAUCAUUGAACCUUGCAGGAAAUCAAAUUCAUGGCCGGGAUACGGAUUUUGCAGAAAUGAAAUCCAUCACUAGCCUCAACAUUUCAGGGAAUUUGUUUCAGGGUUCUGUUACGGGUCUGUUCCAAGAGAUGUUGGAGGUGAUAGACCUGAGCAACAACCAGUUUCAAGGUCACAUCUCUCAGGUACAAUUUAACUCUAGCUACAAUUGGGCUUAUUUGCUUUAUCUAGAUAUGUCUGGGAAUCAGCUUAGUGGAGAGAUUUUCCAGAAUCUGAGUCAAGCCCAAAAUAUCAAGUACCUUAAUCUUGCAUACAAUAGAUUCAGCAGGCAAAAGUUCCCAAAUAUUGAAAUGCUUUCGAGUUUAGAGUAUCUCAAUUUAUCUAGAGCUAGUCUCAUUGGUUCCAUUCCUAGUAAAAUCUCACAAUUGAGUGAUUUGCUUGCACUUGAUCUUUCUGCAAACCAUCUUACUGGCUUUAUUCCACCAUUGAGUAUCAGAAAGCUUCAGGUUUUUGAUGUUUCACAUAACAAUUUGACUGGAGCAAUCCCAAAUUCCCUAUUGGAGAAACUUCCACGGAUGGAGAGAUUUAACUUCUCUUACAACAACUUAGUCCUCUGUGCCUCAGAUUUCUCUCCUCAAACCCUCCGGUCAGCUUUCUUUGGAUCAUCAAGCUCCUGCCCAAUUGCUGCAAACACUGGCCUCUUGAAAAGAAGAGCUACUAAACAUAAGGGACUUAAGCUUGCUCUUGGUUUAAGCCUCUCAUUCGUAUGCAUGCUUGUUGCGUUGCUAUUUCUAGCCUUUGGCUGCAGAAAAAAAUCCGAGUUGUGGACAGUGAAGCAGACCUCAUUCAAAGAAGAACCAAAUGUUUCUGGUCCCUUUUCAUUCCAGACUGAUUCGACUACAUGGGUAGCCGAUGUUAAGCAGGCAACAUCAGUUCCAGUUGUGAUUUUUGAGAAGCCAUUGUUAAACAUCAGUUUUGCAGACCUCUUAUCUGCAACUUCAAAUUUCGAUAGAGGUACUCUUUUGGCUGAAGGGAAAUUUGGGCCUGUAUACAGGGGAUUUCUACCGGGUGGAAUUCAUGUUGCUGUAAAAGUCUUGGUCCAGGGAUCUACAUUGACAGACCAAGAGGCUGCAAGAGAGCUUGAGUAUCUUGGCCGAAUCAAACAUCCUAAUCUCGUUCCAUUGACAGGGUAUUGCUUAGCGGGAGAUCAAAGAAUUGCAAUCUACGAUUACAUGGAGAACGGAAACUUGCAGAAUUUGCUUUAUGACUUGCCGCUUGGGGUUCCCAGGACAGAGGAUUGGAGCAUGGAUACGUGGGAAGAAGAUGAUAAUAAUGGGAUUCAAAAUGUUGGUUCUGAAGGGUUGCUAACAACCUGGAGAUUCCGACACAAAAUAGCACUUGGUGCUGCACGAGCGCUGGCAUUUCUUCACCAUGGCUGCUCACCUCCAAUUAUUCAUAGAGACAUCAAAGCCAGUAGUAUUUAUCUGGACUACUACUUGGAGCCAAGAUUAUCUGAUUUCGGAUUGGCUAAGGUUUUUGGCAACGGUUUAGAUGAGAUGGCUCGUGGAUCUCCUGGAUACGUGCCACCAGAAUUUUCUCAGCCGGAAAAUGACUGCCCCACACCGAAGUCUGAUGUUUACUGCUUUGGUAUUGUUUUGUUUGAGCUGAUCACCGGCAAGAAACCAAUUGGGGAUGACUAUUCAGGAGAGAAAGAAGAAACCUUGGUGAGUUGGGUUAGAGGAUUGGUAAAGAAUAGCCAUGGAUCAAGAGCUAUUGAUCCAAAAAUACGCGACACUGAUCCAAACGAGCAAAUGGAGGAGGCACUCAAAAUCGGAUAUCUGUGUACAGCUGACCUUCCAUCAAAGCGACCAAGCAUGCAGCAGAUAGUUGGACUUCUCAAGGAUAUCGAACCGACAUCUCAUCAAUGAAGAAAUCAAAAUGAAGUAUUAAAUAGAUUUCAAAUUAGUUGGUUUCUUUGCAACCUUCUCACAUUGCAGGCCUUUUAUCAAUGUUUUUUUUUUCUUGCUCUCUUUGAUGAGUUCUUCGUAUCGUACCGGGAAGAUGUAUUAUGUAUAGUAGUUCUGGAACACAUUGCACUUCAUCGUUUGUUUUAUGUCCUCUUCUUUGAUGGCAGUAGAAGUUAAUUUGCACGAGAAGUUUGAUUCA